AUGGGGCAGCCAUCAUUUCCGGCGUCUAACGCCCUUAUUUACUCAACUUAUGGCGCUUUCCUCAUUGUGGGCACGGGUGUGGCCUGGAGGUUCAGGAACCAGUCUAAGGGCGAGUUCUUAGCUGGCAACCGGACUCAGACGGCUCUGCCGCUCGCCCUGAACUUCAUUGCCUCUGGUUCGUACCCCGACCUCAUCGACACUCCACCCCUUCGCUUCCCAUGCCUACUGCGUGAUCUAGCUUUCUGCUUUCUACAGUGGCAGCGCCAAACUCUCGGGUCCGGUAUCCUCUUCGCCUAUCCACAGCUUGGGACUCUGGCUGGCGUUCAAGGAGUGGUUGUCUAUGCCUUAGCCUCUGGCCUGCCGCUGCUGGCGUUCGCAACACUGGGCCCCAUAAUCCGACGCAAAUGUCCUCAGGGAUUUGUGCUCACCGAGUGGACCAGACAGCGUUAUGGAACAAUCACUGCCUUAUAUCUCAGCUUCAUGACGCUUGUCACUCUUUUCCUGUACAUGGUCUCUGAGUUGUCGGCUAUUGGUCAAGUUGUCAAUCUGCUCACCGGCCUUGAUGGACUGCCUGUCUUGAUUGUCGAGUGUCUGGUUACCACUAUCUACACCUCUCUUGGAGGGUUCAAGAUCUCCUUCUUCACCGACAACAUCCAGGGAGCUAUGGUGCUCGGUCUCAUCAUCAUCGCCACCAUCACCAUCGGCGUUGAGACCAAAAUCGACACAGGCUUGAUCGAGUCAUCCGGGCUUACCAAAGGGAACCUCCUUGGCUGGCAACUCCUGUACAUCCUGCCAGUUGCCAUCUUGACGAACGACUUCUUCCUGUCUCAAUUCUGGCUCCGUACCUUUGCUUCCAAAACCGACCGUGACCUCUGGCUCGGCAUCUCCGCCGCGGUCGUCGCUAUCAUUAUCAUUGUCACCCUCGUUGGCUCGACCGGCCUGAUUGCCGCCUGGUCUGGCGUCUGGCCCGGCCCCCCGGACAACCCGGUUGACGGCUCAGUCGCAUUCUUCGCCCUGCUCCAACAGCUGCCCAGCUGGGUUGUCGGCAUCGUACUUGUCAUGUCCGUCACGCUCAGCACGGCUGCAUUCGACUCCUUCCAGUCGGCCAUGGUUACCUCCGCGUCGACCGACCUUUUCCGCAAUAAGCUCAGCAUCUGGUGGAUUCGAGCUGGUGUGGUGCUCACCAUGAUACCCGUUGUGGUGAUCGCUAUUCGAGCGCCGUCUAUCCUGCAAAUUUACCUCAUCUCGGAUCUGGUCUCUGCCGCAACCAUUCCUGUGCUUAUCCUUGGCCUCUCGGAUGCCUGCUACUGGUGGCGUGGCUUUGAGGUGGUUGUUGGUGGGCUUGGAGGUCUCUUUACCGUAUUCCUGUUCGGAACGGUCUACUACGGCGAUGUCAAGUCCGGUGCAGAGCUGAUGCUGCUCCAACAGGGUCUGUUUACCGGUGACUGGGGCUGCUUCGGCGCCUUUGUCGCAGCGCCGAUCGGAGGGCUUCUUUGGGGGUUCGGCGCGUUGGCUUUGAGGCUGGGUAUCCAGUACACUAGGGCAAAGCUUCAGGGGAAGAGGUUCGAUUCUCUGGAUCGCCCGGUGUCUCUUGAUGAGGAGGGUCAUGGCUGGGAAACGGAAAGCUCAUCUGAUAAUCCUGGGAUUGCUGAGACCACGGGCAAGUUCUUCUAA